UUUAUGAUUUAAAAAAUGUCUAAGCCUCUAAUUAACAUAGAAAUUAUGUAGAAGUGCUAAAUAAAAUAUAUGAUUUUUGGUUUGAAUUAUGUAAAGGGGCAUAGAAUUCAUGAGUCAUAUUUUAAGGCGUAGUUAUUAAAAAAUGUUCCUGAGAAGCUGUAUAAGAGUAAGACAAACUGUGAAUUUGUUCCACAAUCAUAGAAGAUCGAUUUCUUCACUUCGCCGAGGAGUAAAUUACAUGUUCAAAAAGAAUUUAUUGUUUACUAACAGUAUUACAUCAGGAGGAUGUAUGUCUCUUGGUGACCUAAUACAGCAGGAAAUCGAAUAUGAAGCUAAAAUUUUACCUUUUAGAUAUGACUGGGCACGAGUAGCUAGAAUGUUUAUAGUUGGAACCCUAAUGGGGCCUUUGCAUCACUUUUAUUACACACAGUUAGAUAAGAUUUUCCCACAAUGUAAUCUUAAAACUGUUGCAAUAAAAAUAUUAUGUGAUCAAGCUUUUGCAUCUCCAGCUACAAUUAUCUUUUUCUUCUAUGGAAUGGGAGUGCUAGAAGAGAAAUCAUUUAGCAAAAGUACAGAGGAAAUAGUACAAAAGUUUAAAUAUGUUUACUUGGGAGAUUGUCUAUUUUGGCCUCCAGUACAAUUUAUAAACUUCUACUUUUUACCAACACAAUACAGAGUGUUUUAUAUAAAUGUUGCAACAAUGGUCUUUAAUGUAUUUUUGUCAUACAUGAAACAUUUUGACCAACAUUAAAAAAUGUAGUGUUGGAAAUGAUUUUAGCACAAUUUUAUGAUCAAUUAUAAUAUUAUGUCCAUAUCAAAGUUACUUUUUGGGAGAAAAAUAUUUUUAAAAUGAAGCAAGGUGUUUUACAAAAAUCUUGAGAACAUGAAUAAACUAUAAUGAUUCAUGAAACCCAAAUAUAUUAUGAACACUCUGCCACUACCAUGACUGCUCUGCAAAAGUGACUUUGAUUGUAAACACAAAUAAAAGCUAUCAUUAAGUUGAAUAGUAGUUAAUUAUUUAUUAUGAAAGAAUAAUGUAUUGGUUAAGUUUUGAAAUAUCAUUUCCAUAUUGUGAUUUUAUUCCAAUUUGAUACUACAAUGUUGUAACUAGUUGUGUAGAUUUAACUAUGCAGUUUAUUUUGUUGACUUAACAAGAUUUUUCUAAAUGCUAUCACAAUAGAAUUUGAUUGUAAUCUCGAAAAUAAAAAGGGCCUAUUCUUACUUUAUUUUUUAUUUUUAUAAACAAUGAUUAUAAAUUCCUAUAAAUAGCUAAGAAGUAUUAGGUAUAGAAAAUAUCAUAUGCAACUAAUUAGAACAAAAGAAUAUAAUGAAGAUUUGAUAAAUUCCACCAUCUUAUAAUUUGAUCUAUUUAAACAUUGAUAAGUGGUGCAACAAUAUUUUAAAGAACAUAAUUAUCAUUGCACUUUGCUCAUAGUGUGGGAUGUUUCUGUAUUUACAUGUAUGCUCAUUAGCAGAUAAAUGUUUCAAAACUUUUAAAAUGUAAUAAAAGCCAAACUUUAUUAUAUUAUUUAGUAUGUAUUAAAUAUUUAUACAACAGGGCACCACACUAAGGUGCAUGCGAUAAACAAGCUCAGACAUAGUUAUUUAGACUAUUAUAUAAUCUGUGAUUUGAUCAAGCAGGCUGUUUAGGCUAUCUGGCUGGAGUUUCUGUCAUCUCAGAUCUCAGUAACUAUACUGAUUAUAAGUUCCUGUCUUUGUCAUCAAAAUAAACAUUUUAUAAAAUAGACAAAGACAGGAAAUUAUAAUAUUAGACACACUAGUGAAAAUUACAGUGAUAAUGCUUUCAUGUUUACAGUCUAUGAAUUAUCACAAUGAUCUUGAAUAUAUCCAUUUUACAUAGAGUUU